AUGGCCUUGAGAGCAGCGCUGUGCCUGUCCGUCGCUGUCGCCGUCUUCUCGGCGGUCUCGCGGAGGCCUGUCGCCGCCGCCGCCGGCCUCGACGGGUCCAGGGAGGCGGACAGGAUCAUCGCGUUGCCGGGACAGCCACCGAACACUCUAUUGCAUCAGUACUCCGGGUACAUAAACGUCGAUCAGGUUACGGGGAAGUCGCUCUUCUACUACUUCGUCGAGGCUUCCGCUGAUCCUGCUCGGAAACCACUUGUUCUGUGGCUCAAUGGAGGUCCUGGCUGCUCUUCCUUCGGGAUUGGAGCGUUCAGGGAGAUUGGCCCCUUCCUCAUCGACACGGACGGCAAGACCCUCUGCCGGAACAGACACGCCUGGAGCACCGUGGCCAACAUGCUGUUCCUGGACAGCCCCGUGGGCGUGGGGUUCUCCUACGCCGUGAACGAGGAGGUGUACAAGACGAUGGGGGACAACAUGACGGCCACCGACUCGUACGCCUUCCUGCUCAGGUGGUUCGACCGCUUCCCGGAGUACAAGGGCCGCGAGUUCUUCAUCGUCGGCGAAAGCUACGCUGGCCACUACAUCCCCGAGCUCGCCGUCGUCAUCCAGAUCAACAACAAGAACCCCAAUGCCAAAAUCAUCAAUCUCAAAGGAAUCGCCAUCGGGAACGCCAUCCUGGAGUACUUGGAGGAGCAGGCGGAGCUGUACGAGUACCUGUGGCAGCGCACCUUGAUAUCCGACUCGGCGCACGAGACCAUCCGCCAGCACUGCAAGAGCGCCGACGACGCGUCGGCGGUGUGCCAAGCCGCCAGGGACACGGCCUGGCUCAACACCGGCGACAUCAGCGCCUACAACAUAUACGCGGCGACUUGCCACGACAAGAAAGUCAGUGCUACAGGUUCCAGGUGCACGGAUCUAGCUAAUCCGUGCGCGGAAUACUUUUCGGAGGCAUACUUCAACAAUCCCAUGGUGCAGAAGGCGCUUCAUGCUAACACAGCGCUCAAGUAUCCGUGGGUCGGAUGCAGAACCACGACCUACAACCUUCGACGCUUUGGGGACUCACCGCCGUCGAUGCUGCCACACAUCAAGGCCCUGAUCAGCACCGGCACCCGCAUCUGGCUAUACAGCGGGGACCUCGACGCCAUGGUUCCCGUGACGGCGUCGAAGCGCUCGGUGGAGAAGCUCAAGUUGGGGGUGGCGAAGGACUGGCGGCCGUGGUCGACGGCGUCGGGCAAGGACGUGGCCGGGUACGUGAUCGAGUACAAGGGGCUGGUGUUCGCGACGGUGCGCGGAUCGGGGCACACGGUCCCGAUCGACCAGCCGGAGCGAGGGCGCGCGCUCUUCAUGUCCUUCAUCAAAGGACACGAGCUGCCGUCCUCCGCGCCACAGACGGACUGA